CAGCGGGCACUGUCCGGGGACCACGGGACGCCCACCAGCCCUGCCUACCAUGAUCCCCCCCGUAAGCGGCACCCCUCCGGGAGAGGCCCUCUUCCCCAGCUUGGCGCCUCAGGACGUCUGGAGGUCUCAGAUCUCUGGCUGCUCGGGGUCUGUGACCCGCCACAUCAGCCACCGGGCCAACAAUUUCAAGCGACACCCCAAGAGGAGGAAGUGCAUCCGUCCGUCUCCGCCCCCACCCCCCAACACUCCGUGUCCCAUUGAGCUCGUGGACUUUGGGGACCUGCACCCCCAGAGGUCCUUCCGGGAGCUGCUGUUCAACGGCUGCAUCCUCUUUGGAAUCGAGUUCAGCUAUGCCAUGGAGACCGCCUACGUGACCCCCGUGCUCCUCCAGAUGGGCCUGCCCGACCAGCUGUACAGCCUGGUGUGGUUCAUCAGCCCCAUCCUCGGAUUCCUGCUGCAGCCUCUGCUGGGUGCCUGGAGUGACCGAUGUACCUCAAGGUUGGGAAGGAGACGUCCUUUCAUUCUUGUCCUGGCUCUAGGGGCGUUGCUGGGCCUCUCGCUCUUGCUAAAUGGCAGGGACAUCGGCACUGCCUUGGCCGACACGGCCACCAAUCACAAGUGGGGGAUCCUCCUGACCGUGUGCGGGGUGGUGCUGAUGGACUUCAGUGCGGACUCGGCGGACAACCCCAGCCACGCCUACAUGAUGGACGUGUGCAGCCCCGUGGACCAGGACAGAGGCCUCAACAUCCACGCCCUCCUGGCGGGUCUCGGAGGAGGGUUCGGAUACGUGGUCGGGGGCAUCCACUGGGACAGAACUGGCUUCGGGAGAGCCCUUGGGGGCCAGCUGCGCGUCAUCUACAUCUUCACUGCGGUCACCCUGAGCAUCACCACCGUGCUGACCCUGAUCAGCAUCCCAGAGAGGCCCCUGCGGCCCCUGGGUGAGAAGCGGACGGCCAUGAAGAGCCCCAGCCUCCCGCUGCCCCCCUCGCCCCCGCUGCUGUUGGAGGAGGGGGCCGGCGACGCCCUGCCCGCCCAGGCCACCAGCUUGUACGCCAGCUUCUCCAGCCCCAUCUCCCCGCCCAGCCCCCUCACGCCCAAGUACGGCAGCUUCCUCAGCAGGGACAGCUCCCUGACCGGCCUUAACGAGUUCGCCUCUUCCUUUGGCACCUCCAACAUCGACAGCGUCCUCAUCGACUGCUUCACGGGCGGCCACGACAACUACCUGGCCCUCCCUGGCAGCGUCCCCAGGCAGGCCAUCAGUGUCAGCUUCCCCCGGGCCCCCGACGGCUUCUACCACCAGGACCGGGGGCUGCUGGAGAGGAGGGAGGGGGCCCUGACUUCCGGCUCAGACAGGGACGUGCUCAGGGUGGGCUCCCUGGACACCCCCAAGCCCAGGGCCUCCGGGAUUCUGAAGAGACCCCAGACGUUGGCUCUGCCGGAUGCAGCCGGAGGAGGCGGCCCCGAAACCAGCAGGAGAAGGAACGUGACCUUCAGCCAACAGGUAGCAAACAUCCUGCUCAACGGCAUGAAGUACGAGAGCCAGCUGACGGGCUCCAGCGAGCACGCGGAGCGGCCUCUGUCUCUGGGCAGCCUCUGCUCCACCAUCUGCCACAUGCCCAAGGCGCUGCGCAACCUCUGCGUCAACCACUUCCUGGGCUGGCUCUCCUUUGAGGGGAUGUUGCUCUUCUACACGGACUUCAUGGGCGAGGUGGUGUUCCAAGGGGACCCCAAGGCCCCGCACACGUCAGAAGAGUAUCAGAAGUACAACAGCGGCGUGACCAUGGGCUGCUGGGGCAUGUGCAUCUACGCCUUCAGCGCGGCCCUCUACUCAGCCAUCCUGGAGAAGCUGGAGGAGUGUCUGAGCGUCCGCACCCUCUACUUCAUCGCCUAUCUCGCCUUCGGCUUGGGCACCGGGCUGGCCACGCUCUCCAGGAACCUCUACGUGGUCUUGUCCCUUUGCAUAACCUACGGGGUCCUGUUCUCCACCCUGUGCACGCUGCCCUACUCGCUCCUCUGCGACUACUACCAGAGCAAGAAGAACUGUGUGCCCACCACCACAGCCAACCUAGACCAUGUGUCACCCUCAAAGAAACCCUGUAGCCAUCAGUCUGCUGGCCUCCAAGACCACCACUGGUCGGCGUGCCAAGUCGGGGCUCCCCGGGUGCAGCAGGAGUUGCUGUGUCACCCUCUUUUAUGGCCACAGGGCGCUCCCAACGUGGUUUUUUUUUGUUUUUGCAGUAACUUUGAAAAUUUUAAAUACUGCAUUAAAAAUACUACCUGCUCACUGAGUUCCUGACGCCCCUCUAAUUUGGGGCCCCAGUCUCUGGCCCACCCUGGUUUGUUUUAAAGGUUUUGAGGUUUCUGACAAGUUCAGCCAGGGCCGCCCCACGCACAGUGCUUUUUACGUACGAAGAGUGAAAUCCCCCAGUAUCGGGCUCCCAGGAACCACAGAGGGGAGGCUGGUGUCUUCGGGUGGUGGCUGUGACAGCUCCCCGUCAGCUUAGUCACGCCACACGAGCUGGGCAUGACAGCCCUGUCCCCUUGUCAGGCCCCUGGAGCUCUGAGCCCCCUUCACUGGAGUAAACCAUGAACCAAUUUUGGGCAAAGGACUGUCCUUCCUCUCAGGCAGGGGCACCAGGGUCAGGGGUUGCCCUGAUGGGAUUCAGUCACAGUUGCGUGGAUGCGGAACCUGCGUGGCCACAGCCUCCAGGGGGCUCCUGUCUGGGCUGGAGUCCAACCCAGCACCCAGAGGACCUUCUUUGCAA